AGUGAAUGCGGGUCCGGGGAGAGCGGGAUAUAGUGAAUGCGGGGUCCGGGGAGAGCGGAUAUAGUGAAUGCGGGGUCCGGGGAGAGCGGAUAUAGUGAAUGCGGGGUCUGGGGAGAGCGGAUAUAGUGAAUGCGGGGUCCGGGGAGAGCGGAUAUAGUGAAUGCGGGGUCCGGGGAGACCAGAUCUAGUGAAUGCGGGGUCCAGGGAGAGCGGAUAUAGUGAAUGCAGGGUCCGGGGAGAGCAGAUAUAGUGAAUGCAGGGUCCGGGGAGAGUGGGAUAUAGUGAAUUCAGGGUCCAGGGAGACCAGAUUUAGUGAAUGCAGGGUUCCGGGGAGAGCGGAUAUAGUGAAUGCAGGGUUUGGGAGAGCGGAUAUUGUGAAUGCAGGGUCCGGGGAGAGUGGAUAUAGUGAAUUCAGGGUCCAGGGGAGACCAGAUUUAGUGAAUGCAGGGUGUGGGGAGAGCAGAUAUAGUGAAUGCGGGGUCUGG